AUCGUUUUCAUGCAUUGAACACGAUAAGGUGUUUUUUCGUUAUUCUUAUAUCAGCACAAAUAUUUUUCAACACAAAUGCUAGCCCAGAAAUACAAAAAAAAAACUGAAAAAAUAUCGAAAUUUAUCGAUUUUAAAAAUUGUAAUUUUUUGGAAGAUUUUCAUCAUUUACGGGGAACGAGGGAAAAAUUUUUAAGGUUAAUUUCUUCAACAAGAUAUGAUUUAUGAUCUUUUGACGUAUCAUUCAGUGUCAAUCCAGUGAGAGCUGAAAAAAAUUAGAGAUGGACACAAAAAUAAACACAACAUGCCACCAAAUUAUGAUACAAUAUUUGACGAUUCAUUUUUACAAGUUGUAAGUACUAUUAAUAAUGAUAUCAAAUUAUUAGUCUAUGGAAAAAAUAAAAGAUUUAUUAAUCAUUCGCUUAUAAAUAAAGAUGACAUAAAGUUGUUAUCAAGAUCUUGUAAAGAUAAUUAUGAGUGUAGACAAAAAAAAGAGUCAAGCUUAAACAAAUUAAAAAAAGAAUUAGAAUCAUUAGAGUGUUUUCAUACAUUUCUAUGUCUUCAAAUUUUAGAAUUAUUAAAAGAGACAAGAAAUUUAAAUCCAAAUCAUAUUACUAGAAUAAAAUAUCAAUAUGUAACUAUAUUUAUUAUUAGAAUAAUUUCAUUUUUUGUUUAUGGAAAAUUUGUUGUUAAUCCUUGGCAAUACGAUUUUGCGAUGAAAGCUAUUGAUAUAACAAAACUUGAACGAAAAAAAGAAAAUACAUAUGAAAUUAGUUUAAAAUUUAUAAAUAAUUCUUCAUUAUGUUUUACAAUGAAUAAAUUUUGCGAAAAUUGUAAAAAGAAAAUUGAUAUUUUGAAAUUGAUUACUACAUUCACAUUUAAUACAUUUCAAGAAAAAAACAAUCAGUUUUUAAAACUUGAAAAUUGCGUACUAAAAAUUGUGAAAAAUUUAAUGAUAAAAGCAAAUCUUCCAUGCGUAACAAAUAUGAACACUACUUCUCAUAUAUUUAUAAACAAAGCAGCUAAACAAAACGAAGUAGUUAUCGACAAAGACUUUGAAAAUAAAAAAAGAGAUUUUCUACAAAGUUUAAAACUAAAUAAAUCUGAAAUAGAAACAUUUGAGAGAAAUACAAUAAAAUGUUUUGAUAAAGAUUUAUGGUUUAAAGAACCUAGGAAACGUUUAUCAGCUUAUCAUUUUUAUCGUGCUUGUAAAUUUAAACAAACAUCAAGCAAAGAAGCAUUCUUGAAAAGAACAAUGUUCAUACGUUUUGAAAAAUCUGAAGCGACUGAAACUGAAGAUACUCCAUGUUAUAUCGAAUAUGGCAGAGAUAAUGAGCACAAAGCAAAAGAACUUUUUGAAAAUAUAAUGGAUUUACAGAUUGAUCCAUGUGGUGUAUUUAUAGAUGAAAAAUUAAACUAUUUAACAGCGAAACCAGAUGGUUUGAUUGGGAAAGAUGGGAUUGUAGAAAUAAAAUGUCCAGUUAAUGCCCAAAAUAUGACUCCCAAACUUGCUAUUGAACAAAAAGUGAUAAAAUAUGUGCAUUACGACGAAAAUGGAGAUCUUGUACUAAAACGUAGCUCUGAUAUUUUUUAUCAAAUACAAGGAGAACUUCAUAUCACAAAGAGGCAUUAUUGUUACUUAAUUAUUUGGACACCAAAAGGUAUAGCCUAUUGUAAAAUUCUUCAAGAUGACAAAUUUUGGAACGAUAAUGUGGAAGAAAAACUUAUUGAUUUUUAUGAAAACAUUAUGCUACCCGAAUUAAUAAACCCUCAAUUAUUUAAGAAUUUGAAUAUUGGGGGUAUUUAACUAAAUUAUUGUAAAUUAGUUUUAGUUAAGUAAAAUUCAUCAUAUUAAUUUUCUUGUAAAAACAAUUAUGAGUGUAAACAAAAAUAAAUGAUAAGCUUAAACAAAUUAAAAAUAAAUUAGAAUUGUUAAAGUGUUUUCAUACAUAUUGACGUCUACAAAUUUUAUAA